GGAACAAACAAACCCAACAAAUCUGAUAAUAAAAAGAUGCAGAGCAACACCAAAAUCCUCUGAUGAUCACAAGGAAAACCUCUCCUAAACAGUAAAUAAACACAGUGGAAAGAGAGAGGGAGAUGGCUGGUUUGCAGUUGCAGUCAUCCCAAAGAGAGGCCGUGAUAGUCGCUGUCGAUGCAAAUAGGACUAAAGGAAGUGUGGAAGCCGUCGAAUGGGCUUUCAAACAUAUCGUUAAACCCGGUGACACCUUCCUUGUUUUAGGAUUUUUCACUGAUCACCAUGCCAAGAAGAACUCUUGCUUUCCGUUUAAGUUGCUCACGGGUCUCCGCGCCUCUGGAAUAUGGGAGAGAUCAGUAUUCAUUGACCACGAGGAAGUGCAUCCUGUCGAUCUUGAAGAAGAAAUCCAGCGAAAAAAAGGACAAUACCGGACCAGCCUUCAGCCUAUAUAUAGUCACUGCUCAAAGAAUGAGGUGAGGUUGGUGUUUAAGCUUGCAGCCGGGUUUUGUCCGGCGACACUGGCAAUUAAGGAAUCACAGAACCUUAAUACCCGUUGGAUUGUAUUAGACAGUCAUUUUAAGAAAUCGAAAGUUUAUCUACGAGGACAUGUAACGUGCAACAUUGCAGUAGUAAAGGAAAAAGAUUUUGCUAGCUUGAUGCUAUCGAAUGAUACACAGCCAGCUGAGAUUUGCCUGAGCAAUCCUGAGCCAAAUUAUGAUUCAGCAGCUCCUGAAGAGCAUCCUCGGGAAGAGCAUAGAAAAGAUUUCAGUGUUUACGAGUUAAGAAAUAAAAGUGCACCCGCGCCAUAUCCUCAGAAUCCUUGUUGCUAUCCUCUGUCUUGGAGAAGUGGUUUUCCUCGAGCGUUUUCUUACAACGAACUUGAAGUGAUAACGAAUGGCUUUGCUGAUGAUAACAUUACAGGAGUUGUGGAUGACAUAACAGUUCAUCAGGGGCUAUUACAAGAAACACCUGUUUUAGUCAAGUCUUUACAGAAAACAAGGAAGGGCUUCUGGUCAAUCCUACAGAUCCUUUCCCGGGUGAGCCACCGCAACAUCUCGAACCUUGUUGGGUACUGCAGCACAGGCGUUUCUCCAUUCUUGCUUUAUGACUUCCCUUGUUUGGGUACCGUUGACGUGAACUUGCAAUGUAAGAACGGCUACUUCUCUAACUGA